GCAUAGGACCCUUAAUGCACAUCAUGUCGCUCCGGCGCCGUCGACGUAAUCAGUGGAAGCUUGUGCUUUCUGAAAGCAUUGACACAGAAUGGAUCGGUCUUGUACACCCAUGUCCGGUCUAAAGACCUAUGCAAACCGUAAAUGCAUACUGACGACUGGGUGCAACGAGGUACAGAAUGGUAGUGAGAGCAGAGCAGCAUUAUGCAUGCUCGCGGCCGGGAAGGCCCGUACGCUUAAACGGGUGCAUGACACCGUUGACGAGAGUGACUAGGACCUCUAAACUUGUCAGGGCAGUGUGCUGGUAGCGCUAUCUAUUUUGACUUCAAGGAACAAUGGGAGAGCACGUCUUUCCCUUGGGUUAGUCAAGGUGAUGCGGGAAAUUCCGUGGUUAGGACCAGCUGCAGCGUCCAAAGUCACCGACGGUUAUGUACUGCUGCCAGUCCUCGCCGGACUUGUCCACCAUACGCAAAGACAACAUCCCACUGUGGUUUGCUGGCCGUGACGGACACGUGAAAGCCAUGGAAGCUGCUGACGGCCCUUCAACGAUGGGCUUGAUAAAGAAGCGAGUCUGUGAUGCUUGCCGGACGAGGAAAGUUAGAUGUGAUCGAGGUUCUCCAUGCUCGCCCUGCCGAGCGGCAAAUCUGACAUGUCGCACCGAGAAGUUGCGCACCAAAGUAACCAAACAGAGAGUUCAAGUCUCGAAGCAGUACGAAACCAAAAUCGACACCAUCGAUCAGAGACUCGCGAUCAUUGAGCAGCUGUUGCGUCAGCAGUCCACGAACACCGUAUGCUCUGCAUCUGGUCGACCAACAACGGCUUCCUCGCAUGCGGUCGAUGGGUAUCUGCCUCACGGUGCUGCUACGCCUCUCUCGAUCAUCGAUGACAAUAUUAGCACCCAGAAACCAGCAACUGGCUACAUCGGGGCUCCGGCUGAGUCACUGGCGGCGAUGAGAGUUCUAGAUCGGCAUGUCAUGCGAGAUCCUAUGAUUCAGCACGAUACCGAGCUCUUAUCGGCACUGGAAUCUCUCCGUGACAUCGUGGACCGUACUCAGCAGGAUUCGUGUGGACCAAGUAGAAACUGCAAUACCACGCAACAGAGCCAUACGGUUCCCGACUGUGUUCAUCCUGGGCCCGAGCAGGUGGAGGCAUUGUUGAAGAAAGCAGAAAGCGCUAGGCCCGUAAUGUUCCACCUUCUGCCACCCGGACUGUUUCACGAAUUCUGCAGAAAGUGCCGCUUGAUGUACGAGCGGCGUCAGGAAGGCUCACCAACUGACAAGCUUCUGGUAUUUGCCGGCUUAACCAACAUCUCUUCGGAAUUCACCGCUGAGGGCGAUCAGACCUCAGUCGCUUAUCACCACAGCCUGGUCCUGUCAUUUUCAGCAUUGCUGCUGAGCACAUUGGCAACGUUGCCAUUGCUCAUGCCGGCGUCUGUGGAGAAUCUUGAAGCCUUACUCAUGGCUAUACUGACACUAAUCGGCCUGUGCAAGCCCUCAUUGUCGUGGAGCUUGAUCUGCAAAGCCGCACAACUGUGUCAGAAGUUGUGUCUCAACCGAUUGUACCGCCACGAUACGAGACCGGAUCCCGACUUCAACCGCAAGAUCAUGCUAUUCUGGUCCAUAUACAUCAUGGAUCGAAACAUCGCUUUUCGCCUGGGUCACGCGCCAGCUAUUCAAGACUACGAUAUUGAUACGCCGUUACUGAUGGAGAAUGACGCAUGCCCCUUGCCUGUAGUAGAGCUGAUGAUUUUCUGGAUUGACUGCGCGAGAAUUCAGGGCAAAAUCUGCACGCAGCUGUAUGGACCUGCAGCUUCGGAUCUUGCGCCAGAGGAUCGAGUCCGUGUUGCGUUGACCCUUGCGGAUGAGCUGGAGCGGAUUCACCAGCGCAAGGGCAAGGCGAAUUCGACUAUGUUAGAAGCAGAGUCUUGUAACAGGACGAAUACGAGGAUCCAGGAUCCGUGGAUUCACAGUGAUGACAUUAUGUUCAAUAGCACCCUCACCACGGCGCUCUAUGCGGUGCCUUCAACGCACCCUGGGCGCCUCCGUGCGAUCGAGUCCGCGCGCCAGUGUCUUCGCAUCAGCAGAGAUCUUGCCAAUCGCUACCUUCACAAUGUCCACAACUGGACCGUCUGCUGCCACUGGGCAUCUUCUACAACAUCAUCGCCAAUCCAUCGGAAUCACAAGAUGAUGUAACAUCUCUUGAAACCUUCGUUGCUUCUCUCGAGCCAGCGCGGCGAUUAUCUGAUUCUAUAGACAAGUUUUACCAGCUCUGCUUUGCAUUUGUGGAUGUGGCUCGGGCAUGGGUACAGGCUAAGGCGCAUCUCACUCCAACAGAAGGCAUCGUAAACGGAACCUGUACCAACGGAACCCUCAGCGAUCGGGUAGCGCAGGAGUAUGACCAACAACAACAUCAGCAUUUUGUGGAUAUGACUCGGAGCUUUCAGGACUGGUACUCAGGCAAUGCAUUGUUGUUCGGCUUACUAGAGCAGGAUUCCAACGACCUCGACUUCGACUUCUUAUCUUGACGCUACUGGGCGGUGUACCCGGGAAAGGCGAUCAUCUCUGGGGGCUUUCAUGCCCAUCUACUAUUUGCGCACUGUGCCAAGGCCUCGAGCACCUCGGAUGCACUGGAAGCCGAUCCGAAAGCCACGUGAUCCAAUCGAUAAAGAA